AUGAUUAGACUUUUAUAGAGAGGCAGCAUUGCUAAAUUUGAUAUAUACUUAGAUGGAUUAGAUUCAAGGAAAACAGGGAGAUUCAAUGACAAGCAAUAAGGCUUGCUAAAAUUGCCUAUAUAUUAAGGUGAUGAUGACAUUUCGGGUGUUGUAGAUUUGAAGAUGAAUAAAAAUAAAAAGAUUGAACACUUGGGAAUUCGUAUCGAAUUAAUUGGGAGAAUUGAAAUUCUAAAUGAUUAAAAGCAAUCAUCCGAUUUUAUGUCAAUGGGCAGAGAAUUGGAUGCUUAAGGUAUUUUGAUGGAAGAUAAAACUUAUAAAUUCUAAUUUAAUAAAUUUGAGAAACAAUAUGAAAGCUAUUAUGGCAAGGAGGUCAAAUUGAGAUAUUAUUUACGGGUUACAAUGAAUAGAAAUUACGGAUAAGUGAAAAAGGAAGUAGAGUUUGCAGUUUAAAUAGUGGAAUAAGAUUAAGAAGAUUAACCCUAAACUUCCUUAAAGCUUGAAGUGGGAAUCGAAGAUUGUUUACACAUAGAUUUUGAAUACUUUAAAUCAAGAUACCAUUUGAGGGAUGUUGUAACAGGGAAAGUGAACUUUUAUUUAGUUAAAAUAAAAAUCAAGUACAUGGAGUUAGCUGUGAUUCGUAAGGAAUAAAUUGGAUAAGGUAAUACUCAGUAAACAGAGAAUGAUAUCCUUGUGAAGUACGAAUUGAUGGAUGGGUGUCCUUAAAAGGGAGAAGUAGUCCCCAUUCGACUUUUUUUGAGUGGCAUUGAUAUGUCACCUACUUUAAAAAAUGUGAGUGGCAAGUUUAGUGUGAAAUACAUUUUAAAUUUGAUAUUAAUUGAUGAGGAUGAUAGAAAAUAUUUUAAAUAAUAGGAGAUUACAGUUUAUAGAAAGAAAUGA